AUGGGGAACUCUGGACUCGCUUCAAAGCACAGAAGAGCCCUUGCUGGCCAGUCUGGCUGGGCGGGGCUUGUUCACAACCGGAGAGUCUUCGCUAUAGCUGUAUUUGCUUCCCUCGGUGGAUUACUAUAUGGAUACAAUCAGGGCGUGUUCUCUGGUGUAUUGGGAAUGAACACAUUCGACCAGAGAAUGGCCUCCGCGGUCCUUCACACCGGUACGAAAGGCUGGCUCGUCUCCAUCCUCGAACUAGGGGCUUGGUUCGGCGUGCUGGUUACAGGCUAUCUUGCCGAUAAGCUCUCGAGAAAGUAUACUAUCGUUCUCGCUGUAUGUGUUUUCUGCAUCGGUGUCAUUGUCCAAACAGCGGCAUUCAAACCGUCAUCAAUAUAUGGAGGGCGAUUCGUGACUGGCAUGGGUGUUGGUUCUCUCAGUAUGGCUGUACCUCUCUAUAAUGCAGAGCUCGCGCCGCCAGAGGUUCGCGGAAGUCUUGUCGCCCUGCAACAAUUGGCGAUCACCUUUGGUAUCAUGAUAUCCUUCUGGAUCGACUACGGCACGAAUUACAUCGGCGGGACUGGCGCAACGCAGAGCGAGGCAGCGUGGCGCAUUCCAAUCGCGCUCCAAUUGGUUCCAGCGAUUAUUCUGGGAUGUGGCAUUCUUUUCAUGCCAUUUUCGCCCAGGUGGCUUAUUAACCAAGGUCGUGAAGAUGAGGCUUUAGAAGUUCUCAGCCGAGCAAGGAACCUCCCUGCGGACGACGACCUUGUGCAAAUCGAAUUCCUUGAAAUCAAGGCCCAGUAUCUGUUUGAACAGGAGAUCUCCGCAAUCAAGUACCCGCAUUGGCAGGAUGGCUCGUUCUCCUCGAACUUCAAGCUCGGCUGUUACGAUUAUCUGAGUUUGCUCAGAACCAAGACCUUGUUCUACCGUGUUGCUGUUUCGACCCUGACGAUGUUCUUUCAACAAUGGACUGGAGUCAAUGCGAUUUUAUACUAUGCUCCGAGCAUCUUCCAGUCACUCGGGCUCACAGGAAACACCAUUUCCCUCCUCGCCACAGGCGUAGUUGGGAUCGUGAUGUUCAUCGCAACUAUUCCAGCCGUCAUCUGGGUCGACAAAGUAGGUCGCAAGCCCGUGCUGAUCUCCGGCGCUUUCUUGAUGGCCGCGCAAGUAUCUACAAAGUGCCAUCUCAUCGUCGCCGUGCUCACUGGUCUGUACGAAGACUCUUGGGUCAAUGUGCGCGAUUCCCUAGCUGCUGGGUGGGCAGCCUGUGUGAUGGUCUGGAUUUUCGCCAUGGGUUUUGGCUACAGCUGGGGUCCUUGCGCCUGGAUCCUCGUCGCGGAAAUAUGGCCCCUGAGUGUGCGCGGUAAAGGCAUCUCCAUCGGUGCCUCGUCCAACUGGAUGAACAACUUUAUCGUCGGCCAAGUGACCCCUACGAUGUUGAAGCACCUCCGCUUCGGCACGUUCGUCUUCUUCGGGGUCUUCUCCUUCCUCGGCGGCGUCUUCAUCCUCUUCUUCGUGCCCGAGACGAAGGGCCUCACGCUCGAAGAGAUGGACGAGGUCUUCGGCGACGUGGACGGCAUCUCCGCGCGCGACAUGGAGCGCCAGGCGGCCAUCGCUAGGCGCAUUGGGCUCGACGCGUUCGUCGCGGGCGAGAAGGUCGACCGGUUCGAGGUCGACGACGGCGGCGUCGCGCGGGAGAAGUCGGGGGCGUAG